AUGGCGGCGCCCUGCGCGGAGAUGGAGCCGGCGGCGCCUCCUCCCUCCCCUCCUGCCGCUCCCGGUGCCGCUCCCGCCGCCGCUCCCGCCGCCUCGCCGGGCUCGGCCGGGCUCGUGUGCGCGCAGGGCCGCAACCUGCGGGCCGUUGUGUGCCAGCGCUGCGGCUCCCGGGUGCUGCUGCCCGGCGCCGCCACCUUCGCCCGCCGUGAGCUCCUCCUGCCCGCCAUGAGGAAGAAGGCGGCGGCGGCGGCGGCGGGAGGCGGCGGGGACGUGCUGCGGGAGCAUUGGCUGGUGCGCGACAUGUUCUCCUUCGAGAACGUGGGCUUCACCCGCGACGUGGGCAACGUGAAGUUCCUGGUGUGCGCCGACUGCGAGGCGGGGCCCAUCGGCUGGCACUGCCUGGACGACAAGGACAGCUUCUACGUGGCGCUGGAGCGCGUGGCCCACGAGUGACCACGGCCCCGGGCGCCGGGCUGGCAGCUGGGCUCGGCCGCCAGGAGCCCCGAGAGCCCUGAGAGCCACAGCCCGGGCUGGGCACCGCAGUGUCUGACUGACUGACCUACAGCCCGGCUGGACACCCCGGUGUCUGAUUGAUCUACACCCCGGUGUCUGAUUGACUGACCUACACCCCGGCUGGGCACCCCAGUGUCUGACUGAGCACAGCCCACCUGCCCCGUGGUGUGACUGACCCACGGCCUGACUGGUCACCUCACGUGCCAGGGCCACAGGCUGAGCAGCACCAGGAAGCGCAGCCCUGGCACAGCCAGCUCCUCUCCCACGCAGGAGGGAUGGUGGUGGUGGGAGGGUCCCCUGUGACCUGCAGGGACAUCUCACCGUGACAGUUUUGCCAAAUAACCCCAUCUGCCGCUGUCUGCUCUGUCACUUCCCUCGUGGCUGCUGUUGCUCCAAGGUGCUGAGAUGUCUCUCAGGCUGCUGGCUCUGUGACACCUGUAAAUGUGGGCACUGGGAAGGGGCGAGGGGAGGACACGACUGCUGCACUGAGUCGUCGUGGCAGCUAAAAUUGUCUGACCUACAGCCAGAGCAGCUCCAGGGUUUAAGGCUGAAUCUUCUGCUGAUUUGCAGAGGGAACAUUCCCUGCCCCAAGGCCUAACAUUGACAUUCUCCCAGAAUCUCAUCCCACCUGACAGCUGUGAGAGUGAAGUGAGUGUAAGGCAUUCCAGCUAACCCGUGUGCAGUUCCAUUAACUGAGUACCUGGAAACCAAACACAGUACAGGUAAAGCAGCAAAUAAAGAAAAUGUGCCAGAUCACAGUGUUUUCAGGCAGCAAGAGUGAAGAGGUUCCAGCCUGAAAAGGAUCUGAAUCAUUGGACAGGCAGUGUGCAGUGACUGUGUGUGUCAGUGCUGAAGCAUGUCAGAGUAGCCACUUGUGUAUGUGUUAAACAAAGAAGUCAGCAAGGAGUUUCUCUUCUGUAAAAGCACCUGGGAAGAGCAGCCUGGUAUAUUGUGACCAGUUUUGGUCUCUGCCUUUUAAAAGCAGGGCACAAAGCUGAUUGAAAGUGCAAGGAGGCUACAGCAGUUUAUCAUGGCCCAGUUCAUUCUCUGUUGCAAACUGCAGAUUGAGUGACAGAGCAGCUCUCCAGGGGUGCUCUGGUGUCCCUGGUGCUGUGUCUCUGCUCAUGAACACUUGGGCACCAACCCAGCUGGGAAGGCGCAGCUGUCACUGUGCUGGGAUGAUGGAGUUGUUUGGGCCACCAAACUCAAGGUGGGUUUUACCUGCAGAUUAAGGAUGUUGCUGCCUCCAGGCCGUGGGAGGGACCUUUCCCUCACCCCUCUAGUGAAGCAGUUUUGCUGGCAGGAGUCUCUAAGGCAGCACAGCCUUGGGCAAGGCUCCCAGAAAGGCCUCCUGACUGUGGGAGAGGGAGAAAUGAGUCCCUUCUCCUUGCAGGGUUUGAGCACCUGCACUUUUAAGAUUUGGGGACUCUGCCUUAAUGUAGAACAAUCAAGGUGCUGGUUCUCCUGGGGCUGUUCCAUCAGGAACCUCUGCUGUGGGCAGUCAGGAUUUUUCAGAGGAGGGAGAGGAGCAGAACUGGGGGGCUGAGGCUCCUGCUGGAGCACGAGGCGAAUCCUGUGCUGUGCCCUCGUUAAAUGUGUCAGAUGCACAUUUGACAUGAAAACUGCUGCUUCCCUCCUGCCCUUCCUGUCUCUUGGUCCUCAGCCCAGUGACUCAACAGGUUCAUCAAGGAGAUGUACCUCAAAAGGCAGGAGAGCUUCACUGGGGUUCUGCACAGGCACAGCAACAUGGUGGGAUCGUGUCACUAAUUUCACACUUUCACUUGGAUUGUUGUCUGUUGGGGAACGUGUUUUGACCUGUAAUGCCCCAGUUAUAGUCUGUGUUACUUAAAUAUAACAUGUGCUGCACAAGCUUUGUUUGGAAGGCACCGCUGUGCAAAGCAGGUUGUGGAAAUCAGCUUGGCUGGCGCUGAGUAAAUGACCUUCAAAAAAUGGUACCUGUGGGUUGCUGAUACUGGGGAGUAGUGGGUAGCACGGGGACAGAGCUGGGGGGUGGUGGCAGCUUUCCCAGUUAGUGGAACACUUCUGGGUGGAUGGGAGACCUCAGGUCAGAGGCCUUCAUAUCAGAAUGGCAGUGAUUUGAAUCCACCUUGAUGCAGCGCUGCUCAGUGGUGGGGAGUGCUGGGGGCUCCUGGGAGCUCCUGCUGCCCUUUGGUGGCAGAAGGGAGGUGAGUCCUCCGUGGGAUCCAGGUGUGCUUCCUGCUGACUCCCAAAUAUUAGAAUAGGAUCACGCAGACUUUGGAAAGGCUAAGAAGAAAUGAACGGUCUGACGGGAAUUCUUGAGACGAAGCUUUUGUGCCAUGAGAUUCUUGGGAUCUUUCAGCCUCAUGUAGGGUUCCUGCAGGUUGGAGAAGCUGUGAGAGUCCCCUGAAGUGCAGGUGGCCCAGGCAGGGACCUGGGGCAGGUGAAGGGCUGUUAGCACAGUGUGGUUACAAAGCCAAGCGGUCAAGGCAGAGAAUGCUGAUACUGAACUUGCUCAUGAAAUGCUGAUCUGUGUGCAGACACUGCUGCAAGUGCUCUGGCUGUCAUGGAGGGAGCCUUGCGAAAGGAAAGCAGAGCCCAGCCCUUUGGGGUUCCACUCUGGCAACUCAGGCACAUCCUGCACUCAAUUGGACACUCCCUGCGGGGGAAGGACCAGGUAUAAACAGGAUUUAAUCAGUGGAGAUGUGCCCAUUGCACACAUUCAGCAUUCUGGAAGGCAGUGAUGCCUCCCCUUUUAAAACUACUCUGGCUAUGUCUUCUGCACUCACCAUUCCCAUAUUUAAGAAUUCCCAGCCCAUCUGGGUCAGGGAGUGUUUAGAUUAGGAAUUAAUUCAGCCCUGUCUAGUUGAAUUGUUUUCAACCCUAAAUGAAAGAUAUUUCUUGGCACCCAGUAAAUCUUGCAAAAGAUUUUUGGAGAAUCCGUGGAGGUUUGGUCUGAGAUCAGUAGAUUAAGCAUUUCCACUAGGGAACAUUCUCCCCAGAUUGUUGCUCUGUUUGCUGAGUGCAGCACUGGAGAUAAAACGUGCAGGUCUGUGUGAUGAGAUACGUGGUUGUCGUGGUUUAGGAAUGGUAUUCCCCAGUUCAGUGCCCCCACUGAGACUCUCCCAAACCAGAUGCCACUCGCUUCCCUCCCUUUCCAUCCUCUUCCCUCUCUGCUCUGGGGAUAGGGUUGAGAACUGAGGGCACAAAAGGUGAAAAUCAUGGGUUGAGAUAAGAACAACUUCCUGGAAACGAGAUGAGAAAACCAGUAAAAGCAACAAUAUUAAUAGCAGAAAAUAUAAGACAAAGAAACGAUUUACACAGGAAACCAGGACAACAAACAAAUUCUGACCAGCUCUUGCCCAUCUGCCACCAAGGGAGGGUCCCUUCCCCUGCCCCUGGUGAUGAUGUGGGUGGUACAGAACAACCUGGCCAUGCCCUGUGGCUCCAGGCUCUGCCCCCUCACAAGUACUGAAAAAAAGACUGGGAGAGCUGCAGUGGUUUUUUAUUUCAACCCAGUCUAGUGAACCCAGUUCCACUCUGGGUGUCUUCUGCUGUUCCCAUGAUAUGUUUAGUUCACAUCAAUACAUUCAGGCAGGAAAGGACACGGUGCUGGCUGCUCCUGCAGCUGUGGAGUAGUGACAGCACAGCCCAUGACAGCCAGACCUGAAUGGCCAGAUGAGCCUGUCUGGGCAGACCACGGCCACAGUCAGGCCUAAACCAACAAAAAUCUCAGCACACAGCACAGGAAAGUACUGGUUUUCCUCAUUCUUGCUAGCUCUACUGUGUAGAACAGUUUUCCUUACCUGCUGUUCCCUUGCCAGGCUACAGAGGGGGGAAAAAAAAAGAACAACCCUCUGUUUCUCUUCCCCACCCACCUCUUCAAAAGACUAAUGAAGGUGCUGCUGUACCUGAUGCCAGGAACCUUGUCCCUCCCCAGCCUCUGCAGAGCUGACAGUGCAUUUUGCACCAGCCAAAGGUCAGGGCUGUGCAGUAGGAGGCCCUGUAAAAGUCCAGCAGCUCUAGGCUGGGUGUCAGACCUGCUGGCUCGAGGAGAAGGGUUACACCAUACCUGAUGAUCCAUUUCUCAUGUGUACAGUCACGCCAGGAUUAAAACACAGACCAACCUCUCACCCUCCCCCACAGCACCAAAACAGCCAGGAGACAUCACCAGUGCAAAGGGGGACCUGCAGCAGCACAACAUUCAGCCCAGUUCCUGUGACAGGUGUCCCUGGGCCCUCGUUUGCCCCAGCCCCAGGUUGUGCAGAGGUCAGGGAAUAAAUCCCUCUGUGGGAGGCACCUUCCCCACCUCGGCCUCAGGAGAGCCCUGAGCUGCCAAAUCAAUCCCAUCCCCUGCACCAGGAAGGGAGAGAAGUGGCCAUGUUUGUGAAUAAUUAACUGUGUCACACCAUCUCUCCCUCUGACACUCAGCCCUGGUCCUGAUCCCAGCCAUGGGUGUUCCUGGUGCUGUUUCAUCUGACCUGACCAGGAGGAAACCUCGUUUUGGGGAAAGCAUGAAGAAAGAAUGGAAGCAAAGGAUGGAGUACCUGGUGUAACACUGGUGUUUGCAGCUAAUGAAGAUUUUAGAGGGCAAACGACCCAGGGAGUCAUGAGCAGGUGGCCAUAAAGGCUGCAGCUGGCAUGUCAGAGGUGAGAGGACUGACAGAUCUGUCUCUGCUCACCUGGGUUGAGCAAUUCACUGUAUGAGAAAGUGAAAUCCAUGUUAAGGAACUGGCUGCUCCUUCCUGCUGUCAGCUGUUGAGAGCACACUCCGUCCCUUCACCAGCUCCCAGCUGAUGCCCAGGAGCAGCUCCAGAUCCUGCAUCUAAAGUAAUUAAUAAAAUCAAUUAUAUUACAGACA